GGGCCGGAAUUGGGGGUGAAGCUCCAGCGUUGUGCCCACAUUUGGGGCGCGCGGAGCUGAGGGGUCCCCGGGGGGCGCCCGGAGCUAAGAUGGCGUCCGCAGCCGAGGGGGACGUGGGAGCGGCGGCGGAGCUGGCGACGGUGCUGCGGGGUGGUUUCCAGAACCUGAGCCUUAACAAGUUGGCGACGUCCCUGGGCGCGUCAGAACAGGCGCUGCGGCUCAUCAUCUCCAUCUUCCUAGGUUACCCUUUGGCUUUGUUUUACCGGCAUUACCUUUUCUACAAGGACAGCUACCUCAUCCACCUCUUCCACGCCUUUACAGGCCUCUCAAUUGCUUAUUAUAACUUCGGAAUCCAGCUCUACCACUCCCUGCUAUGCGUCCUGCUUCAGUUCCUCAUCCUCCGGCUGAUGGGCCGCACCAUCACUGCCGUCCUCACUACCUUUUGCUUCCAGAUGGCCUACCUUCUUGCCGGAUACUAUUACACAGCCACUGGCAACUAUGAUAUCAAGUGGACAAUGCCACAUUGUGUCCUGACCUUGAAGCUGAUCGGUCUCGUCAUCGACUACUAUGACGGAGGGAAAGAUCAAAAAUCCCUGUCCUCUGAGCAACAGAAGUACGCCAUACGGGGUGUCCCUUCCCUGCUGGAGGUUGCUGGCUUCUCCUACUUCUAUGGGGCCUUCUUGGUGGGGCCCCAGUUCUCAAUGAACCACUACAUGAAGCUGGUGCAGGGACAGCUGACUGACCUACCAGGCAAGAUACCAAACAGCACCGUACCUGCUCUCAAGCGCCUGAGUCUGGGCCUUGUCUACCUAGUGGGCUACACCCUGCUCAGCCAGCACAUCACAGAAGACUAUCUCCUCACUGACGACUACGAAAACCGCAGCUUCUGGUUCCGCUGCCUGUACAUGCUGGUCUGGGGCAAGGUUGUGCUGUACAAAUACGUCGCCUGUUGGCUGGUCACGGAAGGCGUGUGCAUCCUGACGGGGCUGGGCUUCCACGGCCUUGACGAGCUCGGGAGGGCCAAGUGGGACACCUGCGCCAACAUGAAGGUGUGGCUCUUUGAGACAGACCCCCGCUUCACGGGCACCAUCGCCUCUUUCAACAUCAACACCAACGCCUGGGUGGCCCGUUACUUCUUCAAACGACUCAGGUUCCUUGGAAAUAAACAACUGUCCCAGGGCCUCUCCCUGCUAUUCUUGUCCCUCUGGCACGGCCUCCACUCAGGGUACCUGGUCUGCUUUCAGAUGGAAUUCCUCAUCGUCAUUGUGGAAAGACAGGCUGCCAGCCUGAUUCAAGACAGCCCAGCCCUGAGCAGCCUGGCCUCCGUCAGGGUCCUGCAGCCCCUCUACUAUCUGGUGCAGCAGACCAUCCACUGGCUCUUCAUGGGUUACUCGAUGACUGCCUUCUGCCUCUUCACCUGGGACAAAUGGCUGAAGGUGGCCCAGAGCAGGACUGGUGCAGAAAAGACUCGCCUCCCUUUCCACAGCACUCCUUCGUCCCAGAGCACAGAGAACCAGAAGCCAGGGUGCGGGAAGACGGGGCUCCCCCAGCUGUGCCUCCGCUGCCGGCCAUGUCUCCAUCUGGGGCCAAAGGGGAGACUCUCGUGGGAGGAGUAGAGGGGCCCGUUGUCUCCCCUCUGGGCUCCCCCAUGCACGUUGCCUUAUCUCUCCCCCUCUAGCCAGGAAUCUGUUGUGGUUUUCUUCUGCCAGUUUAUUAUGAUGAUUGUAUAUGUGCCGCUACCUCCGCCCCCCCAUGGGGGGAGGGGAGGGGCACAGCCCCACCUGCUCCACUUUUCUACCUAGGAUUGUACCAGAUAAAGUCACCUCAGUGUGUUGUUUUUCA